ACUCAGAACUGGGUGUCCAUCAGAAUAUUUUGCUGGUCUGUAGAUUCCCUUAAGACACACUGCUGACAUCAUGGUCUCCUUUCUCAGAUUCCUCUCUCUCUCUCUCUCUCACUUUCUCUCCUUCCCUCCCUCCCUCCCUCCCUCCCUCCUUUCCCGUUCCUCCCUCCCUCCGCCCAAUCUCUCCCAAUCUCUUUCUUUCUCUCUUCAGUUCCUUCAGGUAAAUCCUACUCCGACUUGUACCAACUUGUUUUUGACCGACUGUGCACAGCCAGAGCGUUUUCUUCAUUCUGCGAGAACCUGAAGACCUAGGCUUCCCAAGGCGACCUGCGUGAAAGGCUCAUCUCCUCGCCUUUUCGUAACCUCACAUCUAGCCAGGCGCCUGCAUUCACCAGUCCUCGCAGUACAGAGGAGGUAAUAUUCAACCUGCCCUUUGAAGAACAGGUGGAAUUUGACGGAGAAGGAAAGAGCAGGACGAGCACCCUCAGGAAGGAGCAGCUGCUGGUCAUGGAGCCAUGAACACAUUGAGCAGUCGGGAAAAGGAAGUAGAAGAAUCCCAUGGUAGCCAGGUGGGCGAAGGGGAGCGAGGACGAUACACCUGCUUUGAAGAAGCCGCCAUUUGACCUGCCGAGUGAGUGACCAGGUGGUCCCAAAGCCUGACCAUGGACCCGAUUAACAUCAGCAUGGCCAGUGCUCCCCUGGUGAAGCACACUGCUGGAGCUGGCCUCAAGACCAGCAGACCCCGAGUCAUGUCCAAGAGUGGACACAGCAACGUGAGAAUCGACAAAGUGGAUGGCAUAUACCUGCUCUACCUCCAAGACUUGUGGACCACCGUCAUCGACAUGAAGUGGAGAUACAAGCUCACCCUGUUUGCUGCCACGUUCGUGAUGACCUGGUUCCUUUUUGGUGUGAUCUACUAUGCCAUUGCCUUCAUUCAUGGGGACUUAGAACCCAGUGAGCACACUUCAAAUCACACCCCCUGCAUCAUGAAAGUAGACUCCCUCACGGGGGCAUUUCUCUUUUCCCUGGAAUCCCAGACAACCAUCGGCUAUGGAGUCCGUUCCAUCACGGAGGAAUGCCCUCAUGCCAUCUUCCUCUUGGUGGCUCAGCUGGUCAUCACCACCUUGAUUGAGAUCUUCAUCACGGGCACCUUCCUGGCCAAAAUCGCGAGACCCAAAAAGCGGGCGGAGACCAUCAAGUUCAGCCACUGUGCCGUCAUCACCAAGCAGAAUGGGAAGCUGUGCUUGGUGAUCCAGGUGGCCAACAUGAGGAAGAGUCUCCUGAUUCAGUGCCAGCUCUCGGGAAAGCUCCUCCAGACCCACGUCACCAAGGAGGGGGAGCGAAUCCUCCUCAACCAGGCCACCGUCAAAUUCCACGUGGACUCCUCUUCCGAGAGCCCCUUCCUCAUCUUGCCCAUGACAUUCUACCACGUGCUGGAUGAGACGAGCCCCCUGAGAGAUCUCACCCCCCAAAACCUUAAGGAGAAGGAGUUUGAGCUGGUGGUUCUCCUCAAUGCCACGGUGGAGUCCACCAGCGCUGUUUGCCAGAGCCGCACGUCUUACAUCCCAGAGGAGAUCUACUGGGGUUUUGAGUUUGUGCCUGUGGUUUCUCUCUCAAAAACCGGCAAGUAUGUGGCUGAUUUCAGUCAGUUCGAACAGAUCCGGAAGAGCCCAGAUUGCACCUUUUACUGCACGGAUUCUGAGAAGCAGAAACUUGAGGAGAAGUACAGGCAGGAAGAUCAGAGGGAAAGAGAGCUGAGAACGCUUUUGUUGCAACAGAGCAACGUCUGACGGCAGUGGUGUCGCCUCGACUUAACUCUGAGCUGCUUCCGCAGCUGAGCUCCCUUCAAACCCAGAGGCCACCGGGAAAACAAAAAUGUGUGGACGCACUCUGAAAAACCGCACAGAUGUACAGACCUGUUCCUUUGAUCUGGUGUCUAAACAAGCAUUCCACCUCUGGGAGGGUUCCUUUUUUAAAUGCUUUGUGUGAAGCAAACUCCCCAAAUUCAAAUUUUCUAAAAGGGGGCUGCAUUUCCAAGAACUUGGUGGAGGCUACUUGAAACAAUCUGGAUGGACAGAUAUUUCGCAAUGCUGAUAUUGAAAGGAAAUGCAUUUCCAUACAAGGAUGUCAGCUAUAAUAAAAUGUAUUUAUUCAAUCCAAGUAUCAAAGACGAGAUGGCCGAGAGCUGAAACGUGGCUCAGUAUCCACUUAUAUCAUUGCUCUAAAACACACUCAUUUUUUCAAGCAGAGAAAAAGGUAUUUAUAAUGAAGGCUGUCUGGUAAUACAUAAAAAGGGGCAAAGGGACUCUGUACUCACAAAAUAUAAUAAUUCUGUUUUUACCUUUUUCGGUGAAUGUAAUUGUACAGAGUGACAUCAGGAAUGCAUCGUUGUGAAUACAUGUACAGAUGGAGCUGAUGUGAUUGUUCACACUAAUUUGUUUUUGUUGGAAUGUACUAGCCCCUUUCUAUUCAAAAUGGGUUCACAGACCAGCAGUAUCAACAGCAUCCAGGAGCUUAUUAGUAAUUUAGCCCCACCUGGACUUAGAGAAUCAGAGGCUGUAUCUUAACAGGACCCCCACAAGUCAUUCAUGUAAAGAUGAAAGUUUUAAAACUUCACUCUGGACAAUGUUUUCAAAGUAACUUUCUGAAGCCAGGGGACUCUGUGGGUCCCAGGUCCCCAGUUCUUUAUUAUGGACAAAUAUUCCUUUCAGUGAUUUCAUUCCUUAUUAAAAUACCUUGUCAGCAAAGGAACUGCCACAGGUAUUUCAAGAACAGAAUGACACUGUUGAGAGUAAUGGUUGUCUCUCUCAAGCUAAGUACAUGCUUGUUGAUUACAGUGAACACAAAAGAAACAUUCAGCUCCAUAACAAUCGGAAAUGUGCUCCUAUAUUGAAGUCCAGUCCGUGAGGUUGGAUGGGACUCCUAGGAACUAGUGGAGCUGAGGAUAAGGAAUUCAAACACAGACGAUUCCUUGACGCAUGAACAAAAUUUGAUACUCUGAUAACAUGUAAAGGAUGCCCUCAGUAAUGAAAUAAAUCUCAUACAACUCAGUGUGACACAGGUAAUGUUUGGAUUUUGGCAGAAUUUAGAGCGUUUAUUUGGGGCAGAGAAUAAAUGGGCUAGGAUUGGCUAAAUGUGAAAAAGGUGAAUUCUCAUUUCAUUCAAACCAGGACAGAUUUGUACAUUCACUCAAGAAGAAUGUGACUUUGAGUGUGUAGACACGGCAUGGACGUACACAUGAGCCCACAUAUAUGGAUACACUGACCUGACCUGCGAGCGCGCACACCACAUGCACGCACACACACAGAGGCGUGCUCGUCCUGGCUCUUCCACCACAAUUGUGGAAAUUAUCCAUGAAGACAUUUGUGAUUAAAAGAGCAAGUCCUGGACAAGGGUGCUCAUGUAUAUUUUGUUCCAUAAGAAUGGGAACACUGGGGCAAGUAAUCUGGAUUCAGAUUAUCUGUGAAAUGGUGUCAUAUCAUGAUGUUCCCACAUUUCAAGUCUCCUUCCGUUAAACAGAAAAUGUGGCUAAAACCUCUGACCCAGAACUGAACCUUUAAUGCAGCUGUAAAAAUCAUGGGGUUGAAGCUUUAAAAGUUUAAAAUACAAUCUCCGUGCACAGGAAGUUAUUGUCUUCAAUUAUUCAGGAAGUUUUUUCUUUUUCUUUUUCUGUUGAUCAUUUUAUGGCAGGUUGUUUUAGAUCUUCAUUCUCUUUUUAAAAAAUCACAUGAGGACUUCCUUGGUGGCGCAGUGGUUAAGAACCCACCUGCCAAUGCAGGGCACACAGGUUCGAGCCCUAGUCCGGGAAGAUCACACAUGCUGCGGAGCAACUAAGCCACAACUACUGAAGCCCGCACGCCUAGAGCCCGUGCUCCACAACAAAGUGAAGCCACCGCAAUGAGAAGCCCACGCACUGCAGAGAAGAGUAGCCCCUGCUCACCGCAGCUAGAGAAAGCCCACGCGCAGCAACGAAGACGCAACACAGCCAAAAAUUAAUUAAUUAAUUAAUUUUUUAAAAUCACAUUAAUGUAGUUAGAUAUUAGUCGUUUUAGUUAUUAAAGCUUUUUUUUAUUGUAUAACGUGGUAAAAUUGACAGGAAAAUAAUGCCCUGGCAUGUUUACAGUUUUUCUCUUGCACUCUUACGUUUUUUCACAGUAUUUACAUCAGUGCUAAUUUGAA